AUGGCGGAGGGGCUGACUCUCGAAAGCGCCCUCGAAUUGGCGCUGACUCUUGUACGUAAUGCUGUUCGCAAAAUCUACUGGGGUUUGGGGUCGCCGCUCCUCUUGGAUCACGAACACUUAUGGAUACUGUUGGCGGACGGAUUUGCUAGCCUGUGGACAGGAGUAUUGAAGAAAGAAGCACAUAAACUCCAGAACCUUGACGAAAUAGCAGACCCGUACCAGAAGCUGUACAAGUGUGCAUCUGAGGGGAGGCUAGAUCAAUUUCUAGUGACUGUGGGCAAGCGUGAGAGUACAAAUGAUGCAAAUGUUGACAUCCAGCUACUCUGCGAACUAAGCCCCUUGAAAAACACAUUUCUUCACAUAGCUGUGAGCUUCGGCCAUGAAAUUCUAGCAACUGAGAUCGUAAAACUUCACAAGCCCCUUUUGUUCAAGAAAAACUUUCAAGGAGACACUGCGCUCCAUCUUGCGGCCAGAGAUGGGAAUCUAGAUAUGGUAAAAUAUCUCUGCUCAGGUGAAGGAGAAGCAACGGAUAUUGAAAAUGAUAUGUCAUCAAGGAAUCCAGGUUCAGGUGAAAGCAAUGCCACAGAUAUUGAAAACGACCGCAUGCGGUUGCUGAGGAUGAAAAAUGAUGAGGAAAACAUGGCUUUGCAUGAAGCACUGAUUAAUGGCCGCAAAGAAGUGGCAACAUAUUUGAUCGUGGCCGAUCCAGAUCAUGACCGUCCGGUUUCAUUUUCUGCAAAUAAGGAAGGCAAAUCACCUUUGUAUCUGGCCAUUCGAGCAGGGGAUGUUCGAAUUGUGAAGUGUAUAAGUCAACGGUACCGGUCGCCUAGGAACUUGGCGGUGGAAGGGAAGUCCCCAUUGCAUGCUGCAAUUCUGGCCAAGAACAAAGAGCUCCUGGAGAUAAUAUCAACCAUGGGAUUUACCAUCAACGUAACAGAUGAGAAAGGAAGGACCCCACUUCAUUAUGCAGCAUCAACUGGUUAUCUCGAAGGGGUUCGCUUCUUCUUGGACAAAUGUCCCUCUGAAUCUAAUCAAGCAGAUACUAGUGGCUUCCUCCCGAUCCAUUCUGCAUCAAGCAAAGGUCAUGACAAGAUUGUUGAAGAGCUGCUUCGACAUUUUCCAGCUUCGAAGGAAUUGCCAAACUCAGAUGGCCAAAAUAUACUCCAUCUUGCAGCAAAGUUUGGAAAACAUGCCCUCGUUAACUAUUUUCUAAGAGAAGGUAAUGGGUUUCAGAUGUUGAUAAACCAACAGGAUAAGGAGGGAAAUACCCCUUUACAUUUGGCAACAAUUUAUCGGCAUCCAAGAGUUGUGAAAUAUUUCACAUGGGACAAAAAGACCAACUUAACGGUUUUGAACAAUGAAGGCAUGACAGCUCUUGACAUUGCAGAGUGCACUAUGGAAGCUGUUGCUUCAUUUCAUGGGAGGCUAACAUGGGUAGCACUGAAAUCUGGCGGUGCGCAGCGAGCUCAGCCUCUGCAUGUUCUCUUGCGGACAAAUGUGCAGAGUCCACAGCAAGAUGAUGUAGGAGACAACGAUGGACAUGUCGCAACUAUGAGUCAAGAUGUCCGAGAUGAAAUUAUAAAUUCUUGUAGAGCAGACCGCAUGGAGUUACAGUUUCCUAACAAGGAAAGUUACAAGGACAGGGUGAACACUCUAUUGCUGGUAACUACACUUGUAGCUACAGUGACAUUUGCAGCUGGUUUCACAAUGCCGGGUGGCUACAAUAACUCCGGUCCUCACGAGGGCAAAGCAACCUUGCUAACCAAGGUUAUGUUCCAAGUGUUUGUGAUCAGUAACACCAUAGCUAUGUAUAGCUCCAUCUUCGUUGCAGUUACUCUCAUUUGGGCACAAGUGGGAGACCUAAUUUUGGUGUUCACAGCUCUUCGUUUGGUAAUGCCUCUGCUGGGGAUUGCGCUUGGCAUGCUGUCCUUAGCCUUUAUGGCUGGCGUUUAUGUGGUCGUAAGCAACCUUCGUUGGCUUUCGAUCGUGGUGCUGGUCAUCGGAAUAUGCUUUCUUUACAGUGUCUUCAUACUUUUCAGCCCACUCUUCUUUCCAAAUACAACACCUACUUUUCAUUACAUCACCUAUUAUCCCUUUUAUUUGGUAGCUCUAUUAGCUGCUGGAAGUCACAGCAACGACCUAGAAGAAGAAUAAUCUCCUCUGUCGAAGCGCUAAGUUGAGAAGCACUAAGUUAUUAAGAAUUAAUAAGAAUUAUUAACUAUAUAUCGUGUGUUAUUUUUUUGGUGUGGGUCAUUGUAUUUUAUAAUGUUACUACAUUAUUAAACUUUGUCGGCUUUCAACCAAAUAAAACUUUCUGGGCUAAACGUCUGCCUGUUCUACAUUAAGGCUCCUAUUUGCAUGCAUAAUUCUAGAAUGAACAGGACAUGCCCAGAUUAUGGAAGAUUUGGAUAAGAAAUGAAGGUAGGCAGAGCAUAGAUGAGUAUGCCA